AGAUGGCUAAUGAAUCAAGGCCCUGCCCAUGUGAUAUUGGAGACAGGUUUGACUAUGGAGGCCGUGGGCAGGAAGUACAAGUUGGGCACAUCAAGGCAUAUGUUUGCAAACCAUCUGCUAACACAGACAAAGCUGUGAUUGUGAUUCAUGAUAUAUUUGGAUGGCAACUCCCAAACACCAGAUACAUAGCUGAUAUGCUAACCACUAAUGGAUACAUAGCCAUCUGCCCAGAUUUUUUUGUGGGACAAGAAGCUUGGAAACCUUCUAAUGACUGGGCGUCUUUCAGUGAUUGGCUGAAAACUCGAGAUGCCAGCAAAAUAGACAAAGAAGUUGAUGUUGUCCUGAAGUAUCUAAUAGAACAAUGUGGUGCAAAGAAGAUUGGUGUCAUCGGAUUUUGCUGGGGUGGAGCAGCAGUACAUCAUCUGAUGCUGAAAAAUCCUCAUUUAAAGACAGGGGUGUCCCUCUAUGGAGUGAUCCGCUUCUUUGAAGACAGAUACAGUUUGCUUCACCCCACCUUUUUCAUUUUUGCUGAAAAGGAUGAUGUCAUCCCAUUGGAGCAGGUUACCUUACUGGAGCAGAAGCUUAAACAACACUGUAAAGUUGAUUAUAAAGUUAAAGUUUACCCUGGACAGACACAUGGGUUUGUACAUCGCAAAAGAGAAGAUAUCGAUCCUCAAGAUAAACCUUUUAUUGAGGAAGGAAGAGAUGAUAUGAUUAACUGGCUGAAUAAAUACAUUUAGCAUAAAUAAAUACCCCCCAAAAUAAAUCAAUUGUUGGAGGUAAUCAGAAAAUAAUAAAGACUAUUUAAGAACAUUUUAAUCAAUAACCACAAAAAUAUUUAGUAAAA